CACAAUUAAUAGCCUUCAAAAUUACUAAUAAAAAUAAAGAGUUUCAAAGACAAAAUUAUAGAUACAACUAUAAUGCAUCGUUAUUACUUUGUAAGCCAGUAUUUUUAAAACUUUGUGGAAUAAGUGAUCAUUUCCUUUUAGCAAUUCAAAAACAUUUACAAGAAAAAGGAUUAACUGAAAGAACUCACGGAAAUACUGGACGUGUACCUAAAUUAAAAAGUAAAGUAUUCCUUGAUUCUAGCAUUACAUUUCCAGUUAAAUGUUUUUUAGAACAAUACGGAAAUAUUAAUGGACUUCCUUCUCCUAUGCGACAUAAAAAUGAGUCAGAACCGUUUAUUUAUUUGCCUACAGGAAAUACAUAUACUUCAGUUUAUAAUGAGUUUAAAAAACAUUUUAAUAAUGAAAAUAGUGAAAAUACAAAAAUUAUUUCUUAUUUUACAUUUAGAAAGCUUUGGCACGAAAUGAUUCCUCAUCUUAAAUUUCAACCACCUGCAAGUGAUCUUUGCGAAGUUUGUGAAACUUUUAAAGCUAAAUUAGUAGUAGCAAAAUCGGAUAUAGAAGAAUAUAAUAAAAUUAAAACUCAAUAUGAUCAACAUUGCAUUGCAGCGGAUCGAGAAAGGCAACACUAUAAUGAUAAUAUAAAUAAGAGCGCAAAAGAUUUAUCAAUUGCGCAUGUUUGUUACGAUUGGGCACAAUGUGUAUCAAUUCCAUAUUCACCGCAACGAGUAGGGGCAAUUUACUUUAAAAAUCCAUUUUCUGUACAUUUAUUUGGAGUAUGUAAAACAGAAGGCGGUCAAAAUUUUCAAUUAAACUUUGUAAUAGGAGAGAAUGAAUUUCCGGAAGAUACUUCUAAAGGAGCAAAUACUACACUUAAUAUGAGCAAAAAUCAAGAACCUGAGGCAAAGAUCGAGGAACCUGAGGCGAAGAUUGAGGAACCUGAG